GAGAGAGAGAGACCACGCACGCAACGUUGGCCGAAUUGGCUAACGAAUCGAAAGAAACGAACAAUAGAUGUUUCGUCGUCGCUGCAAAGUUUUGUUCAUGCGAAAAUAUUCCAUCUCGCAGAUUUUGUCAUGUUUGUGAGAGAUUGAUCCUGCUGCAUCUCGUGGGGUGAUUCUCCGAUGCUUUCUUUGAGGUUUUGCAAAGAAGUGAAGUGGAGAUUAGGCGAUGAUAACGAGAUCGAAUCUAGCAGAACAGCUGAGGGAAUAUCAGAUUAGAUCAAAGCAUGAUUGGGCCUCCGUUUCUUUCUUCUCUUCUACCUCCAAUUUCUCUUCAUCCAGGGUCGAUGUCGUAGUCUUUGUCAUAUGGGAGCUAGUGAUCUUAGCGUUCCUGGUGUUUUCAGCUGUAUCCUUGUACUUCAGGCGGUUGCAACUCGCAUUCAUCCUGGGUUGUGUCACCUUACUAUUGCUUGUUUGUAUGAAAUUCACAAAGCAAGUGAGACAAGCCAGGAAAAAGAAGCGAAGGAUGCUUCUUCCUCUCUCUAUGUAAAGACCAAUACCACUGAGCAGUUGCAAACCUUUUUUAUCUUCUCACGCAACUAAACCCAACUCUUUCCUGGCAUGAGCAUUGUGCCCAUAUGCAUUGAUGACGAUGACAGCAAAGCUCAGACUGACUCUGGGACACAUUGCUUUUGUUGUCCUUUGAAGAAUCGACCUGACUUGAGAUAUAAAACCUGGGAAUGCAAUUUCAGGGCUUAGGUUAGACAAAUCAGAACAAAAGUGGUUGUAAAGGUUGUUUUCCUGUAUAAAGUAGUAUGGGAGGUUGCAUUAUUUUUGCUAGGCACGAUCACGGAAGAUGUUUUUCUUUUUUGUUUCACUCUCGAGCGUUUUGUGACUAAAGAAAUAUACACUUUUCCAUAUAUCUAUGUUACACUUAAUACCAUGGUGAAGUUCUUUAGAUUUUGUUGGCUGUAAAAGUUUUCUUUUUUUUUGAAUAAAUGGUUUGCAGGAU